CCGCGUUGCGCGGGGAAGAGUGCGCGGCGGCACCGUGAGAGGACGGGCGGGCGGGAAGAAGAGGGAGGGAGGGGAAGGGUCUGUUCCGCCAUGGCUGUGGACAUCACCCCCCUCUUCAAGGCCUGCGUGAAGACGGUGAAAACCCGCAACAAAGCGCUGGGGGUGGCGGUGGGGGACAGCGCUAAGGAGGAGCUGCUCAAGCGGAACAACUCCCGCUCCAAGAGCGACUUCACCAGCCGGGCCCGGGAGGUGGUUUCUCAUAUUGGAAAGCUGAAAGAUUUUCUCCUGCAGCACAGAAAGGAUUAUAUCAAUGCUUACAGCCAUACAAUGUCUGAGUACGUGAGGAUGACAGACACAGAGAGGGAUCAGAUAGACCAAGAUGCUCAGAUAUUCAUGAGGACUUGUGCAGAUGCCAUCCACCAGCUGAGGACAGAAGCACCCAAGGGUGUCCAGUCUGCUCAGGUCAAGGAGCACAGAACAGCUGUCUUGGACUUGAUUGAAGAUUACUUAAAAAGGGUGUGCAAACUCUACUCUGAACAAAGAGCCAUCCGACUGAAGAGAGUGAUAGAUAAGAAGAGACUGUCCAGACUUGAACCUGAGCAAAGCAACGUGUCCAAGUCACCUCUUUCCCAUGAAAAGUCUGCCCAGAAUCCUUUGGAUGAUUCUGAAGAGAAACUUUCUGCUGAGGAGAGCAAAGAAAGGAACCUGCCUGAUGUCCAGAGUAACCUUGGAUUAUGGGGGGAUGGCAGAGGUGAAGAUGAGCUGUCACCUGAAGAAAUACAAAUGUUCGAACAGGAGAACCAGAGACUCGUUGGUGAAAUGAACAAUCUCCUCGAUGAAGUCAGACAAAUUGAAGGAAAAGUGGUGGAAAUCUCCAGAUUACAAGAGAUAUUCACUGAAAAAGUCCUGCAGCAGGAAACUGAUAUUGACAAUAUCCAUCAGUUAGUUGUGGGUGCAACAGAGAAUAUCAAAGAAGGCAACGAAGACAUAAGAGAGGCCAUCAAAAACAACGCUGGAUUUAGAGUAUGGAUCCUCUUCUUCCUUGUGAUGUGCUCAUUUUCCUUGCUUUUCCUGGACUGGUAUGAUAAUUAAUUAAAGAGGGUCUAUCUAGCUUGUGUUGCAGUGCACAUCCUUACCAAGAUGCUAAAGCCAUGGUGGAACUGCAGUUAAUAAUAAAACACUGAGCAU